AUGGGAGGAAGGCGGCGGGGGAUCCUCUGCUCCGGUUCCGCCUCGUCUCCUUCUGCGGCGGCGGCAUUGAUCCUCUGCUGCUGCGUCGCGGUUCCGCUCCUCGUCUCUGUCGCUGAGGCAGAGGAUCCGUACCGCUUCUUCACCUGGAAUGUGACCUACGGCGACAUCUGGCCCCUCGGCGUCAAGCAGCAGGUCUGACUGCUGGCCAUUUCUCCUCUGUCGUUCCUCUUCCAUUGCUAUUGCUCGAUUCAUAUCUGACGGCGUCUCCGUGUGCUCGGCGGCCGGGUGGCGGCAGGGAAUACUGAUCAACGGCAUGUUCCCGGGGCCGCCGAUUGAGGCGGUGACCAAUGACAACCUGAUCAUCAACGUCCACAACAGCCUGGCGGAGCCAUUCCUCCUCUCCUGGUCCGUUCCUCCACCCCAUCUUCUUCCCCCCUCUCCUCUUUGCGUGCGCUAUCUCCCUCUUAUUCUCUUUCUCUCUCUCUCUCUCUCUCGGAGGAAAUUUCCUCUUCACUUUGGAUUUAUUUGGAUAUGUUUUCGUUCUGCGAGAGAGAGAGAGAGAGAGAGAGAGAGAGGGAGGGUACGUUUACCGUUUCCCAUCCCAUGUGAGAUUAGACGUGUUUUCGGUCCUUUUUCGUAAUAGCCCUUGUAAAAUUUACUAUAGACAAAAAGUCACCAUUGCCUUCUAAUUAGGAUAUCUGCCCGGUGCAUCUGAUUUUCUGUCAGGAAAGUACAUCUCACAAAUAUGAAUUUAUAAGCAAGAAACUAUUUUUAUCGUUGAGAGUAUUUAUCUUAGCUUAGAUUUCCAUUGCCGAUCUUGCCUGUUUUCCGCUUUCGAAAACAUGUUUUCGAAGGUACCCUCAUUUAUGCUCGUGGCAAGAAAAGAAGAACCACCUCUUUACGGCAGGGCCUUUUCAAUAGCAAACUUUGGUCUUGAGGACUUUUUUGCAGUUUUCCUUUGAAAUUUUUCUCCUCUUUUCUAAAAUUAAAAAUUAGGGGAGAAAAGUUUGAAGCCUGGUUUUCGGGAUAUUACUACGAAGGAGGGCACUAACCUAAUUGUUUUUAUUAUGUGCGUGUGAAUGCAUACAAUCAAGACACCUUUUUAAAUCUCGCUCCUCUGGGCGGGGUGGCGCGGCGGGAAUCUGUAAUAUCCGGGAUGAGUCACGUGCGCCUCUCUGGCGUCUGCAACCCACCCUCUGAUCGAGAUCCCACGGUGGACUUCGACGCCCACCCCCCCCCCAUGUGCUUGAGAGUCCUAGUGUGACCCAGCUAAGAAUUGCGCCGGCGGUAUUUCGAUUGGGGGAGACAGCGGUCCAGCUGAUUUUCCCGAAAAGACAACCAAGUCUGCGACCACACGCUAAGCGAUGGCCCCACCAGGCUAUUCGAUUUUCGGAUCUCCUGAAUGGGCUUAAUAAAUAGUCAUGAAACCGGGCAUAAUCAAUCAAGCCGGGAUAUGCCACAUUGUGUGAUAUUUAUAUUGCAUGUAUUUAUCUCUGAUCGAAUCCAAAAUAAUGGAAUUUCCCGAUUUUCCUCGGCAGUAGUCUGCGGAUCAUGACACGUGGUUAGAACUGGAUGGCGGUUUUAGACUGUGCGGAAGAUUAAAUCUUAUCUUGAUUAGGUUUAAACACUGUUCAAGCUUUCGUUGCAACAGCGUGGCAGAAAUCUUAGCCCACGCCUGCAGAUCAUGCACGCGCCGACUUUGCUGUCUUGUAGUUUUUUAUCCUCGAGGAAGUUUUGUGAUUGGUAGACGUGGCGCUUCGGAUUGGUCUUGGGUUCUUUCAGGAACGGGAUUCAGCAGAGGAGGAACUCAUGGCAGGACGGGGUGCUGGGCACGAACUGCCCCAUCCCGCCGGGUCGGAACUUCACCUACAUCCUUCAGGUGAAGGACCAGAUCGGGAGCUACUUCUACUUCCCGUCGCUGGCCUUCCACAAGGCGGCGGGGGGGUUCGGAGGCUUAAGAAUCCUGAGCCGACCCAGGAUCCCGGUGCCAUUCCCCCCGCCCGCCGCGGACUACACCAUCUUGGCCGGCGACUGGUUCAAGGCCAAUCACACGGUCAGUCUAUCAAUGGCAUAUCUCCCCCAGUUUUCCUUAUUUUCUAGCGUUCCCGGAAAUCUUAUUAUCACACACAGGUUUCCUGUUUGUAGCAAUGAACGUUUCAAUCUUUAUAGAUUUGUUCUAACUUUCCUAUUUUAGCUAUACCAAGUUUUUAUUAAUGUAUAUAUAUAUAUCUACGUCUAUAUAUGCAGUUCUGCAAUUGUAUUAAUGCAGAAUUUCAUUCGCUCUCUCUCACUGUAUAUAUAUAUAUAUAUAGAGAGAGAGAGAGAGAGAUGUAUUUGUCUAGAACUUUCCAUGUUUAUAGAACACUUUCUAUUUCGGCGAGCUUCUGUCCGGUCAUGUUGACCCACAUGACGUGAUAUGAUGGCACGUCUCUUCUGCAAAUUCUUCAUAUUUCGUUCGUCACGUUGCGGAUUCACCACAAGUCAUCAUCGGGCGUGCGUACGAGGCCCUGUGGACUCAGUUUUCUGGUUUAGAUAUUGAGCUCAAGUGGGCAAUUUUGUUGAAGGGGAUGGAAAUCUGGUCGGCACGCAUCAAUACCUGAAACUCGUACCGAUCGGUUUCUUCGCUACAUAAACCCUGCUUUGAUUUUUUUAUUUUUUAAUUUUUUAUUUUCUAAUUGAACCGCUCUUGACAUGCCUUAUUUUUCUAUAAAUUAUCUACCUUCUCUGCCUUUUCACUCUGUGGAUCAUAAAAUCCUCGCCGCAACGUGGUCCUUCCUUUGACAGGACUUGAAGGCGCUGUUGGAUAACGGCCAGGAUCUUCCCUUCCCAGAUGGGCUUGUCAUCAACGGCCGCGGAUUGGGUGGGACCUCCUUCACCGUGGAUCAAGGUGAUUUUUUUUUAAAGAAAUAAAUAAUUAACCUUAUAAAUGGCAUCAUUUAUUUAGAGAAAGUAUCCGUCGUAAGUCGUUCUUACUUAAUAUCAUAAUUAAUGUAGCUGGUUUGGUUUCUCAUUUUAUUCUCGAUUAAUUUGUGUAAGGAACUCAAUGCUUUUUGCCCGCGCACGUGAGAUGUAUUAUUCGUUUUGGUGAUGAUUUUCUUUGUGACGCCCUAUUUUUCCCAGAAGAUGGUGACUAAAUAUGAUAAUUUAUGUAGGUAAAACAUACAGGUUCAGGAUAUCGAACGUGGGGUUGACCCAGUCCUUCAACAUCAGAUUCGAAGGCCACACGAUGAAGCUGGUGGAGGUGGAAGGCUCCCACACCCUCCAAAGCUCCUACUCCAACCUGGACGUCCACGUGGGCCAGUCCUACUCGGUCCUCCUGACGGCCGACCAGCUCCCCCGGGACUACCACAUCGUCGUCUCCAGCCGCUUCACCAGCCCCGUCAUCGCCACCACCGCCGUCCUCCGCUACUCCAACGGCGGGGCCGCCGGACCCCCCGGCCCACCCCCUGGUGGACCCACCAUCCAGAUCGACUACUCCCUCAACCAGGCCCGCUCUAUCAGGUACAACCACGCAGAUUCUGAGAUAGAUAGACAGAUAGAUACAUACGGAGAUAGGAUAGAUACAUAUAUAUGUAGAGAGAGAGAGAGAGAGAGAGAGAGAGAGAGAACAUGAGCGGGAGUGAUGAUCUCUUCUUUCGGUUUUUUGUUUCAAACCAGGUGGAACCUGACGGCGAGCGGGCCGAGGCCGAACCCGCAGGGGUCGUACCACUACGGGCUGAUCACCCCGGGUCGGACGAUCCGCCUCGCCAACUCGGCACCCGUCAUCAAUGGCAAGCAGCGGUACGCAGUCAACGGCGUCUCCUUUGUUCCGGCGGACACCCCUCUCAAGGUGGCGGACUUCUACAACAUCCCCGGGGUCUUCACCCCUGGGAGCAUCCCCGACAGCCCCUCUGGCGGCGGCGGCUACCUCAAGACCUCCGUCAUGGCCUCCAACUUCCGGGACUUCAUCGAGAUCAUCUUCGAGAACUCGGAGGACACCCUCCAGUCCUGGCACAUCGACGGCUAUUCCUUCUUCGUCGUCGGGUACGUACGCGUCUGACUUACGGCCACCACCCUCUCUCUCUCUCUCUCUCUCUCUCUCUCUCUCUCUCUUCUUAGACCUCAGGACUUACUGGGUGUGGGUACGGCGGCUGUUGCAGGAUGGACGGCGGGCAAUGGUCACCCGCGAGCAGGGCCGGCUACAACCUGAGAGACGCAGUUGCCCGGAGCACCGUCCAGGUACUUACUCCCCGGCCAGCGAGAACCCUAAACCUUCUUAAACCCCUUAAACCCUCUUGACCCUAAUUGUUAUCCGCUCGCAGGUGUACCCCAGGUCCUGGAGUGCCAUCUACGUGGCCCUGGACAACGUGGGGAUGUGGAACGUUAGGUCUGAGAACUGGGCCCGGCAGUACCUGGGCCAGCAGUUCUACCUCCGCGUGUACUCCCCGGUCAACUCCUGGAGGGACGAGUACCCCAUCCCCAAGAACGCCCUCCUCUGCGGCCGCGCCGCCGGCCGCCGCACCCGCCCCCUCUAA